UGGUUUAUCGUAUGAUUCAGCCGAAGCGAUAUUAAACAAUGAAAAUAUGUGUUGUAGUGGUAGUUCAAGACAAGCGUCACUCCAUUAUGAAACUAAACCCAAAGCUGAACCUUCGCCAUCUCAACAUGCUGAUUUAUUCUCAUCUUAG